ACUCACUAAUUUCGGCAUUAUCUUAUCAGUACCUCCUGCUGCUGCUUGUCCACUUCGCUCUGCUGCAAAGCGCACAGACGCACUCAGCAGCACAAAGCAGUAGCAGCAGCGAAGCUACACUAUGAGCAAUUUCAUGGGAUUGGAGCUCUCAGCCUCCAUAACCAAACCCUCCACCUUCUUCUUCGACGCCAUUAAUUUCUUCCCAAUCACUGAAAAUGUCUCCCCAGCAACCCUUCCAAUCCCUUCCAUGUCCUCUGCCUCUCCUUUCCCUCCUCCCAAACACCGCCUUCAGUCCAAGCACAGAAGAAAGGCAGGAGUAACUCAAUCAAUCUACACUACCCGUACUCAAGCAAGUAACAUAGCCAGUGCCCAAGUGGCAGAGCAAGUAGAUGUUGAAGUUGCUGAGGGUUACACCAUGACUCAAUUUUGUGAUAAGGUUAUUGAUAUCUUCAUGAAUGAGAAACCCAGGACAAAGGAUUGGAGGAAGUUUUUGGUGUUUAGGGAGGACUGGAAGAAGUAUAGGGAAAAUUUUUACAACCGGUGUAGGACGCGAGCAGAUACGGAGGUUGAUCCAACAAUGAAGGAAAAGUUUACCUCUUUGGGAAGAAAGGUGAAGAAGAUUGAUGAUGAAAUGGAAAGGCACAAUGAACUUCUCAAUGAGAUACAAGACAAUCCAACUGACGUUAAUGCAAUAGUUGCACGGAGACGUGAAGACUUCACAGAGGAAUUCUUUCGCCACCUUAACCUACUUUCGGAAAUUUAUGAUAGUUUGGAGGAUCGUGAUGCAAUGGCCCGGCUGGGGGCUAGGUGUUUAUCUGCUGUCAGUGCUUAUGAUAACACACUGGAAUACGUGGAGACAUUAGAUACUGCACAGGCCAAAUUUGAUGACAUCCUAAAUUCUCCUUCCAUGGAUGUAGCAUGUGAGAAGAUUAAAAGCCUUGCCAAGGCUAAGGAGCUUGAUUCUUCAUUAGUAUUGUUGAUAAACAGUGCUUGGGCUUCAGCAAAGGAGUCCACAACUAUGAAAAACGAGGUCAAAGAUGUAAUGUAUCAUUUGUACAAAGCCACAAAAAGCAGCCUUCGGAGCAUUGCACCAAAAGAAAUAAAGCUACUCAAGCAUUUGCUGAACAUCACAGAUCCCGAAGAGCGAUUCUCGGCAUUGGCAACAGCUUUCUCCCCUGGAGAUGGACCUGAAGCCAAGGACCCCAAAGCUGUAUACACUACUCCGAAAGAGCUUCACAAGUGGAUUAAGAUCAUGCUUGAUGCGUAUCAUCUAAAUGCGGAAGAAACCGACAUUAGAGAAGCCAAGCAGAUGACUCAGCCUGUGGUUAUACAAAGGCUGUUCAUCCUCAAGGAAACUAUCGAACAGGAAUAUUUGGAACGAAGCACGGAGCAGGAGUCUCAAGCAGAGGGUGCUAAACCAGAGGAGUUCUAAAGUACCACCCAUAUUCAUUAAUAGCUUUAUUCUGGACGUCAUCUUCUUGUUGGAGAAGAAUCUUAGUUAUUGAUGUACAUCUGGUGGAGUAGAUCGAGAAUCGGAUUGGAAUGCGCAAAUAUGACGGCAAAGUCCAAGCAUUGCAGAAUUGAACUCUGGUGUCCGAUAUGAGCCCGUGGCCGGCCGUUUUGCAGAGAACGUGUGACGGACUAGACUCAGUGCUUCACCCUGACAUAUAGGCAAUUGUAGCCGCAUUCUAAUGUUUACUAGACCAAAACAGUGUUGUAAAUUUUGAAGAUCUUUUCGAUAUUUUGGUUGGUAUUAAGAUUCUUAGCAAGCCAAGAGCUGUGUACUAUAUUUCAUAUUAUUCAAUGAACAACUUUGAAGUUUUCUUA